UGAUGCCUUCGUUUCGAUGUCGGGCUACUGCAACAAAUAGCAGUGGGGGAGGAAACAGGAACGCAAGUCGCCUACUCGAUUUCAUUUCCGUUCUCUCUCUCUUUCCACCCCUCUCGCUAUAAAUUUCGUCGCUAGGGUUUCUUUUUAGUUUUCUCUAUCGCCUUUUCCGAGAGCCGACAGUGCUUCCGAUCUUGCGCUCAGGUUUUGAGAAACUUGUAAGAGAUUGGGUCCAGCUUCGUCAGAUAAAACUUACCAUAAAUACACAUCGCUGAGGUGGAUUUACCUGUUUGUCUUCAUGGUUCCACCUCUUGACAUACCAAACAAGUCUUCUGACAUGAACGGGUUGCACCCACCUCUCAAUGAGAGAAUAAUUUCGUCCAUGUCCAGGAGGUCUGUCGCAGCACAUCCUUGGCAUGACCUUGAAAUAGGUCCUGGCGCACCAACUAUAUUCAACUGUGUGGUGGAAAUAGGAAAGGGAAGUAAGGUGAAAUAUGAACUCGACAAAAAAACCGGGCUGAUAAAGGUUGACCGUGUGCUGUACUCAUCGGUGGUAUACCCCCAUAACUAUGGAUUCAUCCCACGCACUCUUUGUGAAGACAGUGAUCCCAUGGAUGUGUUGGUUAUCAUGCAGGAACCAGUGCUCCCAGGAUGUUUCCUUCGGGCUAAAGCCAUAGGUCUCAUGCCUAUGAUUGAUCAGGGAGAAAAAGAUGAUAAAAUAAUUGCAGUGUGUGCGGAUGAUCCUGAAUACAAGCAUUACACCGAUAUUAAGGAGCUCCCUCCUCAUCGCUUAGCUGAAAUCAGGCGCUUCUUUGAAGAUUAUAAGAAAAAUGAAAACAAGGAAGUUGCAGUGAAUGACUUCCUCCCUGCCACUGCUGCAUAUGAAGCUAUACAAUACUCAAUGGAUCUCUAUGCAACUUACAUAGUGGAGAGUCUGAGGAGGUAGGGCUCCUUCAAGGAUUAUGAUAAUUGAGUGACACUCAGAAGACCUCUUUGAAGCUGCAUUCACAUUUAUACGCAGAAGGAUAUUACAGCACAAACUGUUUUGCAUGAUUGUCAUAACUAGCAUGUGUGAUUGAAACAUGGGACCCCAGAAGAAGUGAAAGGGAGUGAGGAAAGAAAAACAGCUAUAUAGUCAUUGCUUAUAUGAUAUAAAGAAAAACUCAUGGAUUUUUAUAUGUAUCUCUUUAAUAGGAUGUAUUUUGAUGAAUUUGAUCACACGAUUGGUUUGAGUAUCUGCCGAUAUUCAUCGACUUUUAAGAGUAUAUGAAGGUUGACAUUUUGUCCUGUUCAUACUCU